AUGUCUCCCUUGCAGCGGCUGCGUGCAACGCGGCCGCGCGUGCUUCGCAGGUCGGAAGUACCAAAAACACCCGAACCUUUGGCCCAAGAUGAGAUGGAAGAGCCACCCUCACCUCCGCGCCAGCGAUUUCGUCUCAAGAGACGUGUCGGAUCGCUGCCCAACACAGAGCCCACGCAACAAUUUCUUGAGCGCGUCGCCGGUGCUGACGUGCCCAUCCCAAGCAUCGAGGAGCCUGUUGUCUAUGACGAUGGUAUGGUAGAUACUCUUGGCUUCGAUGGCCACACCUACCCAGCUUCAGACGAUGGAUAUCCCUCUGAAGAGGGACACUUGAAGAGAAACUCGCCACCAAAGACUCCAGCACCUAGCCAUACUCCAGCUCUCUCACCUCAACGUCACCACGACUGGUCGGUUGACUCCUUGAGCGGGAUUGAGUCGAGUCCCGAAUAUGAAUCCAGCCGACCAUCAACGGCUCGCUCAACCCAGACAAGCGCCUCACUUUUCAGUCACUUUUCCUUCACAUCAGAGGAGCUCAACGAAUGUAUUAGCCCCGAGCCACAGGCUCAGGAGCGAUAUGACACUUAUUUGAAAGUCGAGGAUGCUGAAAAGACUGUUCGUGCUUCAGACCGGAUUUCAGUUAGAAGAAAAGCCCCUUGGUCCAGAGCUAUGAACCAGCAUCUAUGGAAUACUUACUUGGCAUAUCUCCAAGAUCCUAAGGUAACGCCCAUUCGUAUCAGCAAGAAUGGCAUGCCACCGCAGGGCGUUCUGCUCCGCGUUUCUAGAGAAGCGAGGAGGACUUGGAAAGGAGCAGACCCCAAAUCACUAUCUCUGGAGGCGAACGGUGGCAACUCAACGCCGGUUGCGCGAAUCGCUAACUCCUCCCAUUGGCCGCACACUGAUGCGGCAACACGCGCGCACCUGCGGGAGCUAUGCAGGGCUAAUGCUGGGAACACUACCCGAAAUGUCCAGUAUCUCGCACAGAGCCCCACGCCGUUCGGGAAAACCGCUGCCCGACGCUGGAGCAGGCACAACACCCCGGCUCACUCAUCUGUCUUUUCGGGCAACGACAUGGCAGUGUCACUUGCUGUUUCCACUGCGGACUCCAUGCAGCCCCAGGGACCUCUGGCUGAGCUCACCCGAUCAGAACUCAGCCAUGACAGACUCUCACAAGACCUUCCGAAUCUUUUGUCUGCUCCGUUGUUUACACCCACCAAAUCUACCGCUAACGAGAUCCCUCGUCUUGGCUCUCCCUUUGUUGCCAAGAGCUAUGGCCCAAGUUCGUCAAGUACUCUGAUGGCCGAUUUUGGAGUCGAGGAGCAACGCCAAAGCCAGACCCUUGGCCAUCUAUACAACUUAAAGUCCCCAAGCAGGAUAAAUCGUCCUCGAUCUCGAUCCAACACACUGAGGCGCCGCUCUAGGCAAACACCAGCGGAAAUGCGGCGAACCAAACGGCCUAGUCUGGCCUCUGAUAUGUGGAGCGAACCUGGGGCGAGCCCUGUUCGUCCGCCUUCGGAGCCGAUUUCGCGUAGCCUCGGGAGUGAGAUUUCAGCACCCCGAAGCAAUAUCCAAGAGCUAUUCGAGGCAUCCAGCUCGAUUGGACGCCACAUUUCAACUGAUGCUCCCGCUCGACUUGGGUCUCCAUUUGGCUCUAUACCCAGUAGCUUCUCAUUUCCUAAUAGGCAUUCUUCUGGGCUUUCUGGUCUUAACCAAAGCGCAUCUUAUCGACCGUUUGGGAGUGUUCAGCGCCUCUAUACGCACGCGGCAGAUCAAGAGGACUCAGCCCCACCCCGGUCGUCUCUUGAGAGCCGAUUGACUUAUCUGGACGAGAGGUUGAAGGACUUCCGCUACCGCGAUCGAGAGUGGCAUCCACGCCGGUCUGAAUCGCCUUUUUAG